AUGGCUGGCCCCAGCAAGUCCCUGGUCCUUGACCCGGCCCUCCAGAAAUACUACGAACUCAACGCCAACCGCUACAAGUACUUCCGCUGGACCCCGCGCCAUGCCUGGACGUCCAUUAUCUACAUGGUUGCCAUUCCCGGUGCUCUGACUUGGCUCGCCUACAAGACCGAGGGCAAGUACGAGCUUCGUGGCAAGCGAAAGGGUGACACCAUCUCCGAGUGGUAG